AGAGAGAGAGAGAGAGAAACAGACAGAGAGAGACACCAGCAAUCAGCACUGCACAGGAGAAAAGAAGAAAUGUUGGCAGCAGAAUUAAGACAUGGGGGAUACCUGAAAAAUAUUGGACAUGAAAUUGAUGGAAUGAGGCUGACCAGAAGGAAUCCUGUUAGAACAUACUCUUCUACUACACAACAGACAGCAGUCUCCAGACGGAUUGUUCUUCUGGGUCAAACUGGUGUUGGGAAGAGUGCAGCUGGAAAUACAAUACUGGGACGGGAAAGGUUCAGAUCUGAGAGGAGUAUGGAUUCAGUAACCUGUGAAUGUUCAGUUGCUCAUGCCACUGUUUCAGGCAGAUCAGUGUCUGUAGUCGAUACUCCUGGAUUCUUCAAUUCACAGAUGGAUCUUGGACAGUUAAAGAAUACAAUAACGAAAAGUUAUUUUUUCAGUCCUAGACCACAUGCUUUUCUCAUUGUGCUCAGAGUUGAUGACAGAUUCACUGAUCAGGAGCAGCAGUUUCUUCAGAAGAUUGAGAUGGUGUUUGGUCAGGAGGUGUUAAAAGACGCCAUCAUUCUCUUCACUCGUGGAGAUCAUUUGGAAGGAGAGUCUGUAGAGGAGCUCAUUGAGGAGAACUGUAGAUUAAGAGAUCUAGUAGAUCAGUGUGGAGGCAGAUAUCAUGUCUUCAACAAUAAAGAUCAGAGUAACAGAGAACAGGUGAAUGAUCGACUGCAGAAGAUUGACACAAUGAUAGAGCAAAACAGUGCAGAAAAAGAAAGUAGAAAGUUUUGUUAAACAUUUCAAUCAUUGAAAUCAUUCUGAAAAGUGUAAUGCAUUCUGAAACUUCCAUUGAAUUUUCUUUCCAACUUGUUCCCGGAAAGCCGAAAAUUCAUAAUGGUAGCAUUUUAUUAAAAGUGACAAUGAAUAAAAACCACCAUGUCAUGGAGAGAUGUUAUAAUAUUUUAUAAAUGUAUACAAUUUGCCAUGGAAUCUAUCGAUCUAUCGAUUAUGAUACCCUGCUCCAGACCAUGUUUUUUAUCUGAUGUAUAAUAUGUACAAAACAUUUAUCAUGUGAUGUUCUCUAUGAAGCUGCAAUAAGUCCAUGAGAUCACAAUAAAGACCAAUAUAGGCAG